UAUAAGCUAUGGACUUCAUAGUUUACCUAGCACUUUCCAAGAUUUUUAUACUCUUCCCAUUAAAAUAAUAAAACAUGAUAUUGUUUUAUUAGUCUUCUAUGAAGGAAGUUACCAACUUGUAAAAUAUAUUUAAAUGUAUAGAGGAGGUUAAUGCAAGCAUUUUUAAAACAGACUUUUUAUUUUAGAGCUAGAUUUACAGAAAAGCAGCUCCCUAUUAUUCUGGUACAUGUGUCACAACUAAUGAACCAGUAUCGAUCCGUUACCAUUAACUAAACUCCACAUUUAUUCUGAUUUCACCAGAGUACUAUUCAGGGUUUUUCAGAGAAGCAGAUCAGACAGGAUGAGUUAGUGAGUGAGUGUGUGUGUGUGUGUGUGUGUGUGUUUGCAUGUGUGAAGAGGGAGAGAGAUUUUUUAAAAAUUGGUGCACGUGAUUAUGGAGGCUUGGUAAGUCCAAAAUCUGCAGAGGUGACAGAUUAUUUGGGGGGUUACAAUUAUAUUUUAGCAAAUAGGUGAAUUUGCACAUAGUGAGCCAGAGAAUUACAGAGACUGGAUGAGGUCCACCCCCAUGAUGGAGGAUCAUCUGCUUCACGCAGGGUCCCUUAAACUGUAUUAACCGUCACCACCAGUUUUCCCCAGUGCCCUUCCUCUCCUCCAGGGUCCACUUGACAUUACAUGGAGUUGUCACGUCUCCUCAGUGUCCUCUGAUCCGAGAGUUUCUCAGACUUUCUUGUUUUGAUGAUCACGACAGUUUAGGGGAGUACUGGUCAUGUGUUUUGUAGAAGGCCGCUCCUCUGGGGUUCACCUUGUGUUUUUAUCAUGGUGAGACUGGGGUUAUGGGUUUAGGGGGGAAGGCCACAGAAGGGAAGUGCCUUUCUCAUUGCCUCAUCACAAGGGCGCGUGUCAACAUGACGCAUCACGGAUGGUGCCAGCCUUGACCACCUGGCUCCGGGAGUGCUUGUCAGGUUGCUCCCCUGUAAAGUCACCCCCUGCUUCCAUACUGCACUCUUGGAGUCAAGCCCCACUCCAUUUCCAUACUGCACUCUUGGAGAAGAAGGUAUGAUGCCCGCCUCCUGGAAGGGGAGACACACACCACUGGGGUAAAGUUCUUCUGUGGGAAAUGCGCCUCUUCUCCCCAUGUAUUUAUUUAUUUGUUUAUUUUUAUCAAUAUGGGCUCAUAGAAAUGUAUUUUGUACUUUAGUUAUAAUCCGAUAGCACAUGAUGUAUUUUGUUACUCAGGUUGUUCCAGCUUUAGCCAUUUGGGGCUCUUUCAGGAUGGCUCCUGUGACAUGCUCUCAUUCUUUUGUUGUUUUGGUUUUUGUUUUUUGAGCACGUUCCUACAGUCUGGCAGUACAAGAUGCUCCAGGUACGUUUUAUAUUUCCCUGCCUCAGCCCCCAAAUCGGCUGCUUCUCCAUGGAGCCCUGGUCCCUCUAUUGGAGAAUAGUAUUUGGUGUGGUCUGAAUGUUUGUAUCCCCCAAAAUUCAUAGGUUGAAAUCUCUCUCCAAUGAAAUGGUACUAAAGGUGGGGCCUUUAGGAGGUGAUUAGGUCAUGAUUGCAAAGCCCUCGUGAAUGGGAUUCGUGCCUUUAUGAAGGAGGCCCUGGGGGCUUCACCCUUUUGGCCAUGUGAAGACACAGCUGGAAGGCACCAUCUAGGAAGCAUGGAGCCGGCACCAGACACUGAAUCUGCUGCCACCUUGAUCUUGGACUUCCCAGCCUUCAGACCCGUGGGAAAUAGAAGAGGACUGUCAGAAGGACGUAGAAGGCACAGUUUUACUGUGAGGAGCAAAGAUUCUUUACCUAUGCAUUUUACAAGAAAUGUGCAGAAAGCCAUUGAUAAAUACACCUGCGAAUCCUUGUCAUCCUUUUCCUCCAGCGGAAGCCAUACACCCACGGGAGCCCACACCUCUUGGUCUGGGUCGGCCACACAGAGCUCUACCACCGGCUCAUCCACGGAGAGGGGCUCCAUUUAUUCCUGGAGAGAUGACGAAUUUGACGAAGCCAGUUCACAGUCAGUGCAGCGGUUACUCUGGGAGGUGGAGGAAAUGUUAUUUGAAGGGAAAGUGAACCCUCAGACCCAGAGUCUGCUGGCCGAAUGCGGGGAGUGGACAAGAAGAUCCCUCCAUUUGAGAGUAUUAGGAAGACAGCUGAUCCUGCCCACUGACGAAGGCGUCCAGCAUUUCCAGGGCAGCACUCCUGCCUCCGCAGUCCACAGACCCCCGCUCAGUGCCUGCGGACACAGCAGCAACAUCAGAGAGUUGUGCGUUUCUGGCUCUCAAAUAGUCCCAGCAGCGCUCUCAGCCUCUGCCCUGCCAGGCCCUGAUGACACAGGGGUUGCUGACCUAACGGCACGUUCAUCCCUGGAAGAAGAGGUUUACCAUGUGGAUGGAAAGAUUGAGGAGUAUUUCGCUUUUGACAGAAAAGAGGAUGAUGAUGAAUGUCUUGAACAAAAACCAGCUCAGCCCGGUAGGAAAUGGCACGAACUCGGACUUCCUCCUGUUUCCCCGCGUGACUGUGUCAAAGAUGCCGUGGCAGCAGAAGUGUUUGAUCACGUCUGGACAAAUAUGGUAGAACUUUUGGAAGAGCUGAUUAGAAAACACUGGGAAACUACACUCACAGAAGGGAAAAAACAGAGAGAAACAUUGAAAGUGGCUGGAAACAGAUUUCCGCACGUCCUCAUUCCACGCGCUCACGCCGAUGGAGCCAGUGGCCCCCCGUCCGGACGCUCCGAGGCUCACGGCAUCUCCCUGGCUUCUCGUCCGAACCCGCCCCAGAUUCAUCACUUCUCCAGCAGUUUUUAUAGUGACAUGAAUGGUGUCAUGACAAUUCAAGCAAAACCACUUCAGCGGAGACCUGCCUAUUUUGCUGACAGAACGCAGAAUGAGAAGGAGGACAAAGCAUCGGGUGGAGGGGCAGGUGCUCUCUCCUCCGCACGGCACAGACUGGGACGGGCCUCAGACACUCAUGGAUUAUCACCUUCUGCAAAGAAAACACCAGUGCCCUGGAGGCUGCCUUCUCUUGCUUCAGAUUCACAGAGACUAAAAACUCCCAACAUCUAUAGUGACGAAGUUCUUCGGGGAACAAAACUGCCGACUGGCGUGGACCACAUGGCUUCCCCACUGGUUCAAACGUCACGGAGCAGGUUCCCCCCGAUAGGCACGGAGACCAGGGAGCAGAAUACAGCAGUUCCUGGAUGCCGCCUUGUUUCUUACAGAGGAAGGCAUCUACAAACCCGUGUGUCGAGUGCCAUGCCUGACGGUACAGAACGAUCGCGUCUUCGAGAAAGAACAGCCACCCUGGAACAGUUGUCAAGGCCCAGCACAACCCACACGUUCCGGCAGUCGGAUACGCCUCGAAAAAGUUCAUUGACACAAAUGGAAUUUGCUGCUCACACAUGGACAGGUCAAAGUAUUUUGACAGGUUCACAAUAUGUGCCUAAAUCUUUUCAGAGGACAACUUUGACUUUCAAGAAGAGAUUCCAAGUGACAUCUUGAAACCACCUCACCAGAACCAUUGGAGCACUCGUGGCCUCAGCACACUGCUUAUCACUUGAAAAAUGGAGGAACAAGUGUUAUAUUUAUCUGUGUGUCUGACAGUGUGAGAUGUUAGACCGAGAGAAAAGCAAACAAAUAAAUCACUUAAUCUUGAACACUUUGCACUGUAAAGAGAGUGAAAGUCAAACCCACCAAGCUGCCUUGCUGAAAGCAUCUCCAAGGUUCUGUAGGCUUUGUUCAGAAGACCCUGAUGUGUGUUUGCAGUCCGUCAUUUUAUCAAUGAUACACAAACAUAAUUAGCAUGUGUAUGUACUCACACACUAAUUACAUGUAAGAAUAUAUUAUCUAGGAAUAUGUCAUUUGUAACUUUGUACUCUGACGUAUUUUCUAGUCUCACCCUAUUAGUAAUUCUGUCAAAAUCCUAGACACUAGUAGAUAUUAGUAUUUGAGACAAUAUGUCAGAGUCUGAAUAAGACUCAGCUUGUUCUAGUCACGCUGAGUUUCUCAUACAUUUUUUAAAAGUGCUUCCGCCAUGAACCUCUUUGAGAAAUGUCAGUGGCAAAAUCUCCCAAGCUAAUUUUCUUUUUCUAUGUUCCAUCUUCAAAUUCAGACAGUUCACGUGAAGUACCCCACAUUUAUUGAUCUUAGGGUUGAAUAUAAACGUAAUUAAAAGCUAUGGCAGGUGA